CUUGUCUAGCAUGGACGUCCACUUCGAGCCUGUACCUGCCCCACUCCUCCUUCCUCUCUACACGGACCGUGAUGUCACGGAUGACAGGCCUUUCUCUUGCCAGCUGAUAGGACCGCACACCAAGAGGGGUAAAGCUCUGGGCCUCUGCAUUUGGAGGUGAAAUUAAAUCCAUAGCUGCAAAGUACUCAGGUUCACAGCUUCUGCAGAAGGUGGUUUCAUUGCUGUCAUGGACAACAGUGGGAUAGUUCCUGCUGGAUGCAGGAGUAUUUUGGCUGACUCUUCUGUGUUUGAUUCUAAAAUCACAGAAACAUCUAAAGAUAAUUUGUUUGUUGAUGAAAAUGACGAAGAAAUGCCCCAGGUUGAAACAAGAGUUGUUUUGGUUGAGGAUGCUGGAAAUAACGAAGAAUUAAUUAAAGCUCUGGAGACAGUUAAAGUAAUGGAAGUUCCAGUUGUAAAGAUAAAGGAAAAUUACCUUGACAAAUCCAGAGAUUCAUUUGUAAAAACUAUUGUAAAUAUGGAAAUCAAAAUUCCCUGGAUCAGAACAGAUUCUGUGGAAGAGUUUGCUUCUGAUUCACCAGAAUUUGAAACUGUGUUCGUCAUAUCGGACUUUCAGAAUCCUGCCUAUCGAUACUUAUACAAAGCUGACUGCAGAGUGCUUGGUCCUUCUAUAAUCCUGUAUUGUGCACAGAAAGGGGAGCCAUUGCCUUUUACAUCAAGACCAUUGUAUUGUGCAAGCAUGCUAAAUCUAGUGCUGUGUUUCACAGGAUUCAGACAUAAAGAAGAGUUGGUAAAACUAGUGAAUUUGGUUCAUCACAUGGGAGGAACUAUAAAAAAAGACUUCAGUUCAAAGGUUACUCACCUUGUUGCCAACUCAACCCAUGGAGAUAAAUUUAGGGUUGCAGUAAGUCUAGGGACUCCCAUCGUGAAGGCUGAUUGGAUUUUGAAGGCUUGGGAGAAAAGGAAUGAACUUGAAUUCAAGGCAACGGAUGAUGCAUUCAAAAAUGAAUUCAAGGUUCUUCCAUUUCAAGACUGCAUAUUAAGCUUUCUUGGUUUUUCUGAGGAGGAUCGUGUCAGCAUGGAGCAAAUGACUGAAAUGCAAGGGGGCCGGUUUUUACAAGUUGGGGAUCAAAAAUGCACUCAUCUUGUUGUCGAAGAAAACUCUGUGAAAGAUUUACCCUUUGAACCUCCAAAAAAACUCUACGUUGUAAAGCAAGAGUGGUUUUGGGGAAGUAUACAAAUGGAUGCUAGAGCAGGAGAAACCAUAUAUCUAUUUGAAAAGCAUGAUAGUCCAGCACUCAAAAAAUCGGUGUCUUUACUUUCAUUAAGUACUCCAAACAGCAAUCGGAAGAAGCGACGUUUAAAAGAUACUCUUGCACAGCUAACUAGGGAUACUGACCUUUCUCCUUUUCCUCCUCGUAAACGUCCUUCUGGCGAUCAUUCCCUGUCAAUGGGGUCACUUCUUGAUAUCUCAAAUACACCAGAAUCAGGAAAAUCAUUCUCUGAUACACCAAAGUUUCCUGGAAAGUCUUCCAAAAUCCCAGCACCUAUAUCCCAGAAACAGUCUGCAAGAUGGCAGGUUGCUAUGGAAUUAUAUCAGACUGAAAGCAAUUAUGUUGAUAUUCUCACUACGGUUGUACAGCUUUUUCAGGUUCCUUUAGAAAAAGAGGGACAACUUGGUGGACCGAUCCUUGCGCAAGAAGAAAUUAAGACCAUAUUUGGCAGUAUACCAGAUAUUCUUGAUGUGCACACUAAAAUAAAGGGUGAUUUGGAAAAACAUAUUAUUGACUGGUCAGAAAACAAAAGUAUUGGUGAUAUCAUUCUUACUUAUUCUAAGGAUUUGGUGAAAACCUAUCCACCUUUUGUGAACUUUUUUGAAAUGAGCAAGGAGACAAUUAUAACCUGUGAAAAACAGAAGCCGAGGUUUCAUGCAUUUCUGAAGAUUAAUCAAGCCAAGCCUGAAUGUGGACGGCAAACUUUAGCUGAACUGUUAAUUCGACCAGUUCAACGGUUGCCUAGUGUUGCUCUGCUUCUAAAUGAUCUUAAAAAGCACACUGCCGAUGAUAACCCAGAUAAAGUAAUGCUGGAAAAAGCUAUUGAAUCUUUAAAAGAAGUAAUGACUCAUAUUAAUGAAGAUAAAAGAAAAACUGAAGGACAAAGGCAAAUCUUUGAUGUGGUUUAUGAAGUUGAUGGAUGUCCUGCAAAUCUCCUCUCUUCACACCGCACACUGGUACAGCGAGUUGAAACUGUUGUGCUUGGUGAUGAACUUUGCGACCGUGGAGAAGUAGUCACACUCUUUCUUUUUAAUGACUGCCUUGAGGUCACCAGGGCCUUUUCUUUUACAAAAACCCCCAAAAGAGCACUGCAGAGGGCACUUCUUGCACACAACACGCCAGAUGAUCGUAGUCCUGGUCCAAGCACAAGGAGUUUUGCAAGUAGUCGUAUGUCAAGUACCACCUCUUUAGCAAAUAUUGCAUCGCCUUCUAUGGUAAACCUCCCAUCCUUAUUUGAAAGAAAGUACCAUACCUUCAGUCGAUCAACAACUCACCUCAUCUAAAAGUGUUGAAUGAUAAUAAUACAUUAACUGAGAAGCAGCUGGCUGUUUAAAGACUUGGUACUUUGUAUUGCCAACAUAUUUUCAUUUGUAGCACUUCAAAAUCGUUUGCAAUUUUUGGUGAAGUUGGCUUCAUUUAAUUUUGUAUAAUGUUGGAUUAGUCACCUAGGUUAAAUUCAAAAAUAUUGUCCAUAUAUGUAAAUAGCUCUAUUCAAUUCUUUCCUUCCAAAUAAUUGUGUUCUUGAACUAUAUAAGUUUACAUUAUGAAUAUUUUUUUGUGUACAUUUUGUAUGCGCACAUCUUGUUAAAGGAAGUCAGCUUUUUAUGAAAUUGCCUUCAUCUAUGGAAAGAAAUUUUGUCAAAUGCAACGGUUUUCUAUCACUGUGUUAGUUUCAAGAGAGCUGGCUUUUCUGAAUAAUAAGUCUCACUAUUAUUUACUUGUUAAACAAUUCCUUUAGAAGCAGGUUUAUUUUUUAAGACAAUGUUUCUGAACAUAAAACUGCAGGAGUUCAAAAUAACCUAUAUGCUAUGUAUUAAAUAAAAUCAUGGUAAUAUUUAUGGCCUUCUGAUUAACAGUUAUUUUAAUGGUGUCCUCAAUGGCAUUUUAAGACAUUAUAUAAAUAUUUAUUCAUAGCCAGAGGCUUAGUUUUAAUGUAGAAAAAAAAAGUGCUUUAUUUUUCCAUGCUCUCUCUAGUAUUGAGAUUCCUGAAUCUUUUUUCUAAAAUAACACUACAUAUUUUGUUUGUAUUUUUAUAUGUUUCGUUUUUUGUUUUUGACAGUUCCUGAAUAAAGAAUAUGUAUUCCUUUUUCUGAAAGGAGAAGCCACAGGUUAAUCUUUAUUUAAACAAAAAAAGCUUAGUGCUGCUUGUCUAAAGAAAUUUUGAAAGCACAAUACUGGAAAAAUAAUACUGGUGGCUAAAUUUGAAAAAACGGUUUGCAUUCUUAUGAACUGUAUCUUGUAUGUAAAUAAACUUGUAAAAAAUG